CCCUAGACCCGAGAAGAAACGUUGAAAAAGAAACAACAGCUCAAACAGCUGAGCUGUGUGUUGACAUGUUGUGUUGAAAUGAGCAAAGUCCUUCAAUAAAGUCUCUGGAUAUGAGGGACAAACCUCUGACAAAUUCUCUGCUGGUAUUUCAGACUUUUGCAGAUAAACUAUAAUGGAAGAGCACACGAGGACUUUCACAGAUGUGAAAAAUGCAAUUCUUUCUGCACACGAAAACAGUGGUCCAAGGGAUAAAAUGCGUUUCUACGAUAAGUGGGCUGAACAAUAUGAAGAGGAUGUAGCUCUCCUGGACUAUCGCGCUCCAAGUCUGGCCACAGAAUGCAUUGCGUCUCACGUUCAAGGUGACAGGGACAGUGCAAAGGUUUUGGAUGUGGCCUGUGGAACAGGCUUGGUCAGUAUGAAGCUGAAAGAAAAGGGGUUUCAGCAUUUCAGUGGACUGGAUGGCAGUGAAGUCAUGUUGGAUUUGUCCAGGAAGACAGGGCUGUAUCAGGAGCUGUGGAAGUGUCUGCUUGGGUUAGAACCACUUCCUGUACAAGCUGAGGCAUAUGAGGUUGUUGUAAUUGUGGGGGCGCUGAGUGUCGGACAGGUACCCGUGCCGGUCAUUGAAGAGAUGUGGCGGGCCACAAAACCAGGGGGGCACAUCUGCAUGACAACAAGGGCCAACCCUGACAACCUGAAGUACAAAGCUGAGCUGGAGCUUGCGCUGGACAGCAUGGUCAGUGAAGGGCGGAUGAUCCGAGUUGCCGUCAGUGAGGUAGAGGAAUGGGAGAAAGCAGUGCAGGAGCACGAGACUGGGUAUAUACCUGGGGCUGUGUAUCUGUACAGAAAGGCCAUGGCCCUGCACAAGUAAGGCAUGUUAAGCAAGACAUUUUGGACACUUGUGAUCUGAUUUGGGUUCGGAUGUGAAUGCUUUGGCAGUCUUCUCAGAAACAAUGGUAAGGUAUUGUGACAUCAAAUGAUUUUCAAGAUAUGGUCCACAUAUUAUUUGAUGGUUCACAACUGAACAAAAUGGCAAAUAGGAAAUCAUUAUGGUUUGAUUUAGUAAUGUUUUAUGUUGAAGUGAAUGAAGUCAACUGCUGUACACAAUGCUGCCACAAGAUGGAAGCAGUGAGUUGACAAGUUGAUGUAAUGUGUUCACACCUAAAGUUUAAUUAAAAAAAAAAAAAUCACACCCCUGUACCAGGAUUAUAUGCUAUAAAUUAGUAUUUUAAUGCAUUGUAGAAUUAUUCCAACUGUUGAGAGGUGAACCUGUUUCAGUAAUUAUCAGUAAGGUUACAGUUAACUGUUUACUCAGGAAAGACAAUGUGACCUGUACAAGUUGCUAUAUUUCUAGGUAAAAUCCAUUGAUAUUGA